CUUCCACAACCAUAACGUUUCGAGGCUACGAGUGGAUAGCCUAUCAGUUGUACUCCAAACCGGGGGAACGCCUCUUCAGUGACCACAACCGAAUAUCAGUCGAGUUUAAGACAGACCGUGGCUCUGGAGUGUUGCUGUACGCUGUUGGAGGCACCCCAUACCACAACCACAUUACAGUCUCCAUCUAUUCAGGCGCCAUCCACGCCUCCGUCUCAUUCGAGCAGGACGACCUGACAUUUUCUGAGGGCAUCGGGCUGGACGAUGGACGGUGGCACAAUCUGACAAUUGACCAUCGCCGUGACGUUAUCGCCUUUUACUUGGACGGAAGACCGUCAGUGAAGAGAAUAACUAGAGGGGACAUCUACCUCAGCCUUGACCCUUACAUCUACAUCGGCGGAGGAGACAACUUUGUACAAACUAAAGGACUUCCAGUAACCCAGAGUUUUGUUGGUUGCUUGCGGAAUGUCUACAUCAGUGAUGUGUCAGUAUUGUAUGAGCUGUCCAAUGGAAACAGUAGAUGUUCAUAUCAUGGUGGCCAAAGUCCAAAGUAUGGCUGUGAGAAGGUUUCAGAAGUGCCAAUUUCAUUUCCUAGGUCCUCUUCUAUGUUAAGGUGGGCUAGUGGUAGUCGAGAACAAAAUCUAAGUGCUGAAUUCAAGAUCCAAACCUUUCAAAAUGAAGCCAUUGUAAUGUUUGUGGAGCUCAUUUCCAAAAGAGAUUCUGGUGCAGGGUUUGACUUUGGCAGCUUAGAGUUGUGGAUAUCAGACAAAUUGGCAGUUGCUCAGUUCCAGCCUUCGUCAAGAGACCUCUCAACUCAUGAAAAUGUCACUGUGCCUACAAUUGUGGCUGAUGGUUUAGUUCAUGACAUCAGGGUUUUCUUACUCAACAACAAAGUCAAGUUAGAAGUGGAUGGCAACUCAGCGUAUUCCGCAGCAUACAAUAGAAUUUUGGAGCACAGAGGAACUGUAGUGCUUGGCUACAGCUUGAGACAGAUUGACAAGAGAUAUGGUUAUGUUGGCUGUAUGCAUGGAAUUAAGCUACAAGGGCAGAGACUGGAUCCCAUUGCUCUCAUACAGUCUGAUGCUGCCGUUGGUCUCUUAUUAGAUGGAUGCCAUCUUGUCAACCACUGUGGCAAGAAACAUAUUUGUGAGCACAACUCAGCAUGUUUGUCUGACUGGGAUGGUGUUCAUUGUUUGUGUCAAAAUGGGCAUUAUGAAGGGAAGGCAUGCCAUUUUUCAAAAUAUGCUGCCACCUGUGAGGAAUACUAUCGCAUGGGCUACCUGUCGAGUGGAGUCUACCCAAUUGAUGUUGAUGGAGCAGGGCCACUGAAUCAUGCUUUUGUUCAGUGUGAGAUGGAUGAAGCCAUUGGUGGUGGUGUAACAGUUGUGGAGCACAACUUUGAGCCUAACUUUACAGUCAGGGCACCAUGGUUGCCAGAUAGCCAGUAUCACCUUAAAUACAGGGAGAUGUCCAGAGACCAGCUAACAAGGCUGACUUUAACAUCCGGCAGUUGUGAACAGUAUCUGCAGUAUGACUGUACCAAAUCCCCAAUUAGGUUAAGCAAAAAAACCUGGUUCAAAUCUACAAAUGGGGAGAUAGUGGACUACAUUGGUUCACAUACGUCAGGAUAUUGCAACUGUCCUAAGGAUACGGCCUGCGAUGGUGAACAUUGUUACUGCGAUCAUGGUUCCCCAAAGCCCCAGAGUGAUAAGGGUUUUAACCGGAUGCGACAUCAGUUACCUAUUAUGGAGCUUACAUUUCUUCAGAAUGACGAAGGAUUUGCAGAAAUGACACUUGGACCUUUGAAAUGCUGGGGCAGUGAUUUGCAACCAAGUGACCAGUCAGUCACAAUCACUCAUAGUGAUAGCUAUGUCAGACUCCAUGCUUGGAGAAAGGGAGAUCUGAGAGUGAAUUUUAAAACUCACCAGACCAACUCAGUCCUCCUGUAUCACAGUAACAAUCUGCAAGAGGAGACAGCAUUUCAUGGCAGUAACAGCAAGGGCAACACAUUUUAUAUUAAGAUUAUCUCAGAAUUCCAGGUGACAUUUUAUCUGAGUUUUGGAAACACAGAAAUAAAAGAAACCCUGACAUCUCUGAACCGGUUAGAUCACGGAGACUGGCAUGUGGUCAUUAUAGAACAUGAUUCACAUAAUGUUCGAUUUACACUGGACUCUAUAAGGGUGCUUGUUGAACUUCCCAAAGACAUUGACAACAUUGCAGAUUUCAGUGGCAUCUUAUAUCUUGGAGGAGUCCCUUACAAAACAAAUGAUCCUGUAGUUGACAGUACUUCUGGCUUCACUGGCUGUCUCUAUGGCUUCAUGUACAACCAGCAAACUGUAGACCUAACCGCUCUCAUUGAUGGAAGCAUGAAUGGAGUGUCAAAAGGUUGUAUGUCCUCCUGCUGGCCCAACCCAUGUCAUAAUGGAGGAGUGUGCCAGGAAAACUGGGUGCAUUAUACCUGUUUGUGCAGUGAUCCAUGGGCACACAUGGGGGACAACUGUGAAACUGACUUAAACAAGGAUGCUGUUACCUUCAGUGGCUUGCCAGCAUCGUUCCUUUUCUUCGAUGUGACAGACUCUCCUGGUGUACUGGAUGGCACAGUUGUUCUCAGCUUCCGCACCUUUCAGUCCGAGGCCCAGCUGCUGUAUGUUCAUGAUCACUUGGGCAAUUUUGUCCAAUUAGAGCUAAGCAAUGCUCACACAGUUACCAUCAGCUACAACAACUUGAACCAGAUUGUGCGGGACUCAGUUAGGACAGAUGAACCACUGAAUGAUGGGCGAUGGAAGCAAAUUGUUGCUGAGAACUACUUCAACUUCACAAGGCUUAUGGUUCUUGGACAAUCCAAAGUUAUUGAAAUUCGCAGAGGACGGAUCCAGAGUUACUCAGUUGACCCUUUCAGUCGUAGCCUAUAUCAACAAUCAGUAUUCUUAGCAAGACCAUCGCUAAUGCCAGCCCCAUAUAUCCAUGCCUACAUCGGGGGAGUCAAAGACAUGGCCAGCUCAACUGUGCCUCUGAUUGGCUGUGUUAGAGGGGUCCGUAUUGGAGAUCAUGUCUUCCAUUUGCAGGAUGCUGCUGUAGCCUUGAAUAAUAAGACAUUGGUGGUUGAAGCUUGUGAUGAUGGUUGUGAUGAAAACAGUUGCCAUAACAACGGAUAUUGUGUCGAAAAAUGGGGACAAAAGAGCUUUCAGUGUGACUGUGCAGAAAAUGGAUUCUCUGGAAACAGAUGCGAGAUUGAGCCUUCAGUGAGCUUAUCUGGCAAUACUGUCAUACAUCACACCUUCCAGCUGCCCAUCAUGGACCAGUAUAGUCUCAGCGAGAGGCUUUCGUUUCGCUUUAAGGCUGACAUCAAGGUCAACAGCAGUAGCCAUUCCAUACUUGCUUAUGUCACCAGCACUGUAUCACAAGACUAUGUUUUGGUGAAACUUGAUUCCAGUGGCAAUGUGGUUUUGGAGACAAAUCAAGGUGUUGGAAUAUAUCGGAUGACAGUACCAGGUAGAUAUGCUGAUGGUAGACCACAUGAUUUCACCUACAUCCGUGAGGGGUCUAAGAUGGUAGUUAAAGUGGAUGAUAUCAAAGAAGCCAACAUCAAUUACCCAGACUACCCCUUAAACAACAUUGACACCAUUUACAUCGGAGGUUACAUCACAGGGCAACAUGAGUUUGGGAACACUGCCAACUUUUCUGGCUGCAUAUCUAAUACAGCAUACAUUCCAAAAGACACAAGUUCCCUGAUACUUCAUACAUUGAGAGAUCUCUACCUGAAAGUUCCCAAUAUUGAAGUGCUUGGAGACACAACCAGAAGCUGCUCCACAAGUUAUGUGGAAGUUUACAGUACAACAGCUACUCCACUUCCGCCUAGAGCAACACCUGGAACUUUUGCGACAGUAACAAUGCCUCCAUGGGAACACAGUGAGCUCAGAGUUGUAACUCUAAGUCCAGUACCGAAACAGAGCAGUCUGCCAACUACGUCUGCAGCUACAACAAUUGCAAGUGGGGCAAAAAAUAAAACCUACCCUGUUGUUUCCUCAACAAGCAAAGAGCCUGUUUAUGAUGUAACCAUCAUCAUCAUUGUGUCAGUGAUAGCAGCCAUUGUGAUCACAAGCCUGUGUGUGGCUCUGGUAAUGGUACAUUACAGAAGGCAGCGUGGAGACUAUUUGGUGAAGAAAGAAGGAGAAGCUGACAUGGAAAUGAAGCAGCCAUUAAACCACACUAACAAUUCUUCACCUUACUCCGUUGCUGCUCCCUUUACCUCUCAUACAAUCCCAAGAUUUGUCUCUAGAAACCACUCACAUGGGACAACAAACAACAGCUCUGUGCCAGCUGAUCAUUUGGCCAAGUUGGAUGAGUUUAGUAUGAUCACUGCCAUACUGGGACCUCGAGCCCCGAAAGCUGAUACCUUACCACUUGACCUGUCCAGGAAACGAUCAGGUCAAGCAAAUUAUCCUGUGUUGGAUGAUGAAAAAGAUUACAUCAACCCCAUUUACAAUGCCCGGAAACAAAGGCCAGCCUCCUCUAUCUCUGAAGUACUUGAAGAACUGGAGAGACGACAACUGCCUCUUUCUAAUGGUUCUCCAGUAGUAGUUGGGAGAAGCCAUGGAGAGGGAGACCUGGAAUGGGAUCCUCAAGCAGAUACAACAACACCAGUUAAAAAUGAUGACAUCAUAUAUUUUAACCCAACUUUGUUACCGCCAAUCCCUGAUGAGCUUGAGGAGUCCACCCACAGCAGCUUCUCCAGACAACCAUCUAGCUUUGGUGGGGACAGCUAUCAG